AUGGAAUCCAUUGAACGCGCCUGGGUUCUGCUGCUGCUCUUUGUGGCCGCUCCAGCUGCCUCCUCCAGCCUGCCCUCUGGUUCCUCCUCCUUCUCCUCUCCCUCCGUGGUGGUGGCUCUCGUGGGCUCAGAGGCUCUCCUUCCCUGCUCCUGGCUCCAGCCUGGGCCCCAUGUGCAGUGGAGCUCUGAGUCUUCUGGUCCAGUCCUGGAGCAGAGAGGGUCAGAGCGCUGGUCCAGUCCGGAUCUGUCAGAACGGGUCCUGGUCCCAGAGUCCGGGCUUCAGACUGGAGAUUGCUCUCUGCUCAUCAGUGACGUGCAAGUUACUGAUGCAGGACAAUACAACGCUUAUGUGAUCCAGGAACGAGACCAGAGCCGGACCAGAGACCAGACUGAGGCCAGGACUGAGGCCAGAACUGAGAUCAGGACUGGGUCCAGGACUGACAAUGGGGUCUUCAUCUGCAGUGUGAAGCUCCUGGUUUUUGACCACAGCUUGGUGGAGUCCAAACGUCCAGGUGAAGACCUCCUCUUGGACCUCUUCUCUCCGCACUCUAUGAGUCUUGUGUUCCAUGGCAGUAACUUCUCCUCGUGGCACAUGCUAUGGAGGAGAGGUGCUUUAGUCUCUCCUCGUGUUCAGAAAGUCCCCCUGAAGCAGCAGCUGCGUCUCCUAUCGGUGACUGAGGCCGAUCGUGGCGUUUACAAAGUCCUGGACCAGAACGGGCUGACUGUCAGCUCCACCCGCCUGUCUGUGCAGAGAGAUCCCAUGGUUCUGAGGUCCACACAUGAAACUGAUGUGAGAGGUCGUGCUUUGGGAAUGCUCCCAUCCGCUCUGCUCCUCACCUGCUCCCUACUGACCUCCUCCCUACUCACCUCCUCUUCCUCUGACUCUAAAGUGGUUAUCUAUAAAAACUCAAACUCAAACUAA